AUGUCCAACGGGAAGCAAAGCGAGGCGACGAGCGUCCUUGACGACCCCGGCGCCGCCGCCGACACGGCGGCCCAGAUGCGCCUCAACGUCGUCAUCAUGUUCAUGGGCUCGCGCGGCGACCUCCAGCCGUCGCUGGCGAUCGCCAAGCUGCUCCAGCGGCGCCACGGCCACCGCGUGCGAAUCGCGAGCCACCCGCCGUACAAGGCCGCCGUCGAGGCCGCGGGCGUCAGGUUCCACUCGAUCGGCCGGACGGAUAUCAAGGCCAUGAUGGAGAGGCGAUUGCUGCCGCGCGCGGAGCUGAACAAGCUCGUGCCGGUGAUCCGGGAGGACUUCCGGGAGAUGGGGGAGAGGUGGUGGGGGGCCUGCGUCGACGACCCGAAGGAGAGGAGGAGGGCGAUGGAGGCGCAGCCGGGGAGAGGGGGCCUUUGUGGCGGACCUGAUCAUGUCGACGAUGCAUGUCUAUAA